GGCCAAAAACAAUCUUUUUUUGUGAUUUGGUUUAAAUGAGGAAGGAGAUGAAGAGCUGUGAGCUCUGCAAGUUGACGGCGACGACGUAUUGUGAAUCGGACCAAGCCAGUUUGUGCUGGGGCUGCGACGCUGUAGUCCAUGGAGCCAACUUCCUCGUGGCGAGACACGUGAGGUCUCUUCUCUGUCACGGUUGCCAGUCUCUCACUCCGUGGAGAGCCACUGGUUCCAAGCUCGGUCACACGGUCUCCGUCUGUGAGAGGUGCGUUAACGGCGACGAUCGAGAAGAGAGCGAAGCCGAAAAUGACGGUGAUGGCGGUAUCAACAACGACGAUGAAGGAGAUGAUGAUGAUGAUGCAGGAGGUGAUCCCGAUGAUGACGUAUCAGUUGAAGAUGAUGUGGAGGACGGAGAUAAUCAGGUGGUGCCGUGGUCAUCAGAAGUAGCGGAUACACCUCCGCCGGCGUCCAGUUCUUCUAGUGGUGGAGAUUAUUCUGCUGGUGAAAGAGAAGUCUCUAGAUCAACGAAUUUGGUAUCGUUGAAAAGGUCGAGAGAAAUUGCUUCAGAUCUUCACUCACAGGACGAUCCAGAUCGUUUAUCUCUUAAACGGAGAUACAGUUUACAAAAAGAGGAUGAAUCCGUUUCGGUUAACUCCAGAUGAUCGAAAGAACAACAGAUCAAACCGGUGCAGUUUCAGUCCGAGAAGCACGAUUGAGUGGAGAGUCUUUAGGAGA